AGCUCGCUUUCUCUCUCUCUCUGGUGUGUGUGAUCGAGUGGUGAAACGACAGAGAGAGACGUCGUUUUGUUGAUUUCUCCUGGGUGAAGAUGUCAGGUCUCGAAGAUAUCAAGAACGAGACCGUUGAUCUGGAAAAAAUUCCGAUUGAGGAAGUUUUCCAGAGUCUAAAAUGUACAAGGGAAGGAUUGACGACGCAGGAAGGGGAAGAGAGGAUUCAGCUUUUUGGCCCCAACAAGCUCGAAGAGAAGAAGGAAAGCAAAAUUCUGAAGUUUCUGGGGUUCAUGUGGAAUCCGCUUUCAUGGGUCAUGGAAGCCGCAGCUAUCAUGGCCAUUGCUUUGGCUAAUGGUGAUGGUAGACCUCCGGAUUGGCAAGAUUUUGUGGGUAUCAUCUGUCUGCUUGUUAUCAACUCCACAAUCAGUUUCAUUGAAGAAAACAAUGCUGGAAAUGCUGCAGCUGCUCUCAUGGCUGGUCUUGCUCCUAAAACCAAGGUUCUUAGGGAUGGAAAAUGGAGUGAACAAGAAGCUGCUAUCCUUGUCCCAGGUGAUAUUGUUAGCAUUAAACUUGGAGACAUUAUCCCAGCCGAUGCCCGUCUUCUUGAAGGAGAUCCUUUAAAGGUUGAUCAGUCUGCUCUAACUGGAGAGUCCCUUCCUGUGACCAAGCACCCUGGUCAAGAAGUUUUCUCUGGUUCAACUUGUAAACAAGGAGAAAUCGAAGCGGUUGUUAUAGCCACAGGAGUUCACACCUUCUUCGGUAAAGCUGCUCACCUUGUGGACAGCACUAACCAAGUUGGGCACUUCCAGAAAGUUCUUACAUCCAUUGGAAACUUCUGUAUUUGUUCUAUUGCUAUUGGUAUAGUGAUUGAAAUAAUCGUCAUGUACCCUAUCCAACGCCGAAAGUACAGAGAUGGAAUUGACAAUCUCUUGGUCCUCUUGAUCGGUGGUAUCCCCAUUGCUAUGCCCACGGUCUUGUCUGUGACUAUGGCUAUCGGGUCUCACAGGUUGUCUCAGCAAGGUGCCAUCACCAAACGUAUGACAGCCAUUGAAGAAAUGGCGGGAAUGGAUGUCCUGUGCAGUGACAAAACCGGGACACUAACCCUCAAUAAAUUGAGUGUGGAUAAAAACUUGGUUGAGGUUUUCUGCAAGGGUGUGGAGAAAGAUCAAGUUCUACUAUUUGCAGCUAUGGCUUCUAGGGUGGAGAACCAGGACGCUAUUGAUGCAGCCAUGGUUGGAAUGCUUGCUGAUCCGAAAGAGGCCCGAGCUGGAAUCAGGGAGGUUCACUUCCUUCCAUUCAACCCGGUGGACAAGAGAACUGCUUUGACUUACAUCGACUCUGAUGGUAACUGGCACAGAGUCAGCAAAGGUGCUCCCGAGCAGAUCCUUGACCUUGCCAAUGCCAGGCCUGACCUUAGGAAGAAGGUACUCUCUUGUAUUGACAAGUACGCUGAGCGCGGUCUUAGGUCAUUGGCAGUAGCUCGUCAGGUGGUCCCCGAGAAAACAAAAGAAAGCCCAGGUGGGCCAUGGGAAUUUGUUGGCUUGUUACCUCUUUUUGACCCUCCAAGACAUGACAGUGCCGAAACCAUUCGUAGGGCGUUGAAUCUCGGUGUUAAUGUUAAGAUGAUCACUGGUGAUCAACUUGCUAUUGGUAAGGAAACCGGUCGCAGGCUUGGAAUGGGAACCAAUAUGUAUCCAUCUGCGGCUCUUCUCGGUACCGACAAGGACUCGAACAUUGCAUCCAUCCCUGUUGAGGAGUUGAUCGAAAAGGCUGAUGGGUUUGCCGGCGUCUUUCCAGAGCACAAAUAUGAAAUUGUGAAAAAGCUGCAGGAGAGGAAGCACAUUGUUGGUAUGACCGGUGAUGGUGUUAAUGAUGCACCCGCUUUGAAGAAAGCAGAUAUUGGUAUUGCUGUGGCCGAUGCUACAGAUGCUGCUCGUGGUGCUUCCGAUAUCGUUCUCACGGAACCUGGGCUGAGUGUCAUCAUCAGUGCCGUUCUCACUAGCAGAGCUAUCUUCCAGAGAAUGAAGAACUACACUAUUUAUGCAGUCUCAAUCACAAUCCGUAUUGUGUUUGGUUUCAUGCUUAUUGCUCUGAUAUGGGAAUUUGACUUCUCGGCGUUCAUGGUUCUGAUUAUUGCCAUCCUUAAUGACGGUACUAUCAUGACAAUCUCAAAGGACAGAGUCAAGCCAUCUCCCACACCUGAUAGCUGGAAGCUCAAAGAAAUUUUCGCCACUGGAAUUGUGCUGGGAGGAUAUCAAGCCAUCAUGAGUGUUAUUUUCUUCUGGGCUGCUCACAAGACCGACUUUUUCUCGGACAAGUUUGGUGUGAGGUCAAUCAGGGACAAUAACGAUGAACUAAUGGGUGCUGUGUAUCUACAAGUUAGUAUCAUCAGUCAAGCUCUAAUCUUUGUCACCAGGUCAAGGAGUUGGUCAUUUGUCGAACGUCCUGGGGCACUUCUGAUGGUUGCAUUCGUCAUUGCACAACUGGUUGCGACAUUGAUUGCUGUCUAUGCCGACUGGACAUUUGCAAAGGUGAAGGGUAUCGGUUGGGGAUGGGCAGGUGUGAUUUGGAUUUACAGUAUCGUAACAUACUUCCCACAGGACAUUUUGAAGUUUGCCAUUCGAUAUAUCUUGAGUGGAAAGGCUUGGACCAGCUUGUUUGACAACAGGACUGCUUUCACGACCAAGAAAGAUUACGGUAUUGGAGAAAGAGAAGCUCAAUGGGCACAAGCUCAAAGGACAUUGCACGGUCUGCAGCCAAAAGAAGAUGUUAACAUCUUCCCAGAGAAAGGAAGUUACAGAGAGCUGUCUGAGAUCGCAGAGCAAGCCAAGAGAAGGGCUGAGAUAGCUAGGCUUAGGGAGCUUCACACAUUGAAGGGACAUGUGGAAUCAGUGGCAAAGCUAAAGGGAUUGGACAUUGAUACAGCAGGACAUCACUACACUGUGUAGUUGCAGUUGCACAACAACACAAACAUUUACCGACCCCAUCAUGACUCUUCUUUUGUUUUGUCAUCACAAAUCUCUCUUUUAAAGUCAUUACAGUAGAGGGAAGAGAACUCUUGUGUAUUGCCAUAACUCUUCCAAAACUCUUUCUUUUUUUUUCUUCUGUUAUUGUUAGUCAUUGUUCUAAAACUUGUACUCGAUAUGAGCUUUGCAAAUUUGCCUUUGAAGAAACAAGGUCUUUGCCG